AUUCAUGUGCCACAUUCCAGUCUUCUGUUGGAUUUCUGCAACAGUCCUUGAACACAUGCUGGAACAUAAGAGAGAAGAGAUGCCCAAGACUCUGACUGAGAUGUACACACACCUUGUGGUGUUUCAUACCAAACAGAAUAAUGAAAAGUAUCUUGGGAAUGAAGAGACAGGUCCACACUGGAGUAAAGAGAGCAUUCUGUCACUGGGAAAACUGGCUUUUCAACAGCUUGUGAUCGGCAAUCUGAUUUUCUAUGAAGAAGACCUGAAAGAGGCUGGCAAUGAUGUCAUUGAAGCCUCAGUGUACUCAGGAUUGUGCACACAGCUCUUUAGAGAGGAAUGUGGGCUGUACCAGAACAAGGUGUACUGCUUUGUUCAUCUGAGCAUUCAGGAGUUUCUGGCUGCUGUAUAUGUGUUCCUCUCAUUCAUCAACAACAACGAGAAUCUAAUGGACAAAAUGCAAACAAAAGAUGAGCCUGAAGUUUUUUUCUACAAGAGUGCUGUGGAUAAAGCCUUACAAAGUGAGACGGGAAACCUGGACCUUUUCCUCCGCUUCCUUCUGGGUCUCUCACUGGAGUCCAAUCAGAAGCACUUACGAGGUCUACUGACAAAGACAAGAAGCAGCUCACAGAGCCACGAAGAAACAGUCAAGUACAUCAAGGAGAAGAUCGGGGAGAAUCCCUCUCCAAAGAGGUGCAUCAAUCUGUUCCACUGUCUGAAUGAACUGAAUGACCAUUCUCUAGUGGAGGAGAUCCAAAGCUACCUGAGAUCAGGAAGUCUCUCAAAACCCAACCUGUCACAUGCACAGUGGUCAGCUCUGGUCUUUGUGUUGCUGACUUCAGAAAAGGAGCUGGAUGUGUUUGACCUGAAGAAAUACUCCAGAUCAGAGGAAGGUCUUCUGAGGCUGCUGCCAGUGGUCAAAGCCUCCAGAGCUGUUCUGCUGUCAGGCUGUGGAGUCACAGAGGAAGGCUGUGCUUCUCUGGUCUCAGCUCUGGAGUCAAACCCCUCACACCUGACAGAGCUGGAUCUGAGUAACAAUGAUCUGAAGGAUUCAGGAGUGAAGCUGCUCUCUGCUGGACUGGGGAAUCCCCACUGUAAACUGGAGACUCUGAGGCUGUCAGGCUGUCUAGUCACAGAGGAAGGCUGUGCUUCUCUGGUCUCAGCUCUGAGGUCAAACCCCUCACACCUGAGAGAGCUGGACCUGAGCUACAAUCACCCAGGAGACUCAGGAGUCAGACUGCUCUCUGCUGGACUGGAGGAUCCACACUGCAGACUGGAGAAACUCAAUGUGGAACAUGGUGGAGAGAACACAAUGAUACCUGGGCUUAGAAAAUAUGUCUGUGAUCUCACACUGGACCCAAACACAGUAAACAGACUCCUCUCUCUGUCUGAGGAGAACAGAAAGGUGGCAUGUAGGAGAGAGAAGCAGCCGUAUCCUGAUCACCCAGAAAGAUUUGAGGACUGUGGACAGGUGCUGUGUAGAGAGGGUCUGACUGGGCGCUGUUACUGGGAGGUAGAGUAGAGUGGGAGAAUGGGGGCUGAUAUAGGAGUGACGUAUAAAGGAAUCAACAGGAGAGGAGGAGGUGCUGACUGUUGUCUUGGAUAUAAUGACAAGUCCUGGAGGCUGUUCUGCUCUGACAACAGUUACUCUGCCAGGCAUAAUAAUCAUCUCACUACCAUAGUCGUCCACCCCUCCAGCCCCCACAGAGUAGGAGUGUAUCUGGACUGGCCAGCCGGCACUCUGUCCUUCUAUAGAGCCUCCUCUGACACACUAACCCAUCUGAUCACAUUCACUGAGCCCCUCUAUCCAGGGUUUCAUCUUUGGUAUGAUGGCGACUCAGUGUCCCUGUGAGAGAGAGAGACACUGACAAACACACACACACACACACUAGACACACACACACACACACACACACUGGACAAACACACUGGAAACACACACACACUUGACACACACACUGGACACACACCGGGGACACACACACACACACUGGACACACACCCAAACACACUGGACAUACACACAAACGCACUGGACACACACACACACACACUGGACAAACACACUGGACACACACACACACUUGACACACACACUGGACACACACCGGACACACACACAC